CCUGGGCUGACGCUUUGCACACCGUUCAGACAACCGCCCGAAGACUUGUUCCUCUGAAACGAGGAUUUGUUGAACCUCUGGGCUUUAAUCGCCGAAGUACCGAGACUGCCGAAAGUUUUCAGACCCCUGGCUCCAGCAGAUACGAUGCGCAUGAGAAAAUGACAAAAUCAAAAUGAUUUUUGCGUUGGCAGUUGAAUCUGCGCUAUCAGGGCUAACCGCUGUCUAUCGCGACGCCCGAUUUUUGUUGACUCACGAAACUGAAGUCACCAGCCACAGCUAGGGCUUAGCUCCCCGAUUGGUGGCGCAGCACCGAGGCACUGGCUUUACAUAAGCCAGACACUCAGGGCCAAGACAUGCGGAGAGAAAACCGAAGAGAAAUCCGGAUUGGUGUCGGUGAUCCGCCGAUACUGAUUGCUGUAGGAUUGCACCGUACAAAGACGACAGAUAUAUGAGGCUGGCGGCCUACGGGGAAAGUGGAUGCCGAUACUUCAAGGCAAAAGCGAGGCGUAUCAUUCUCAAAGGUGCGAGUGGACGCGUCGGGCGGCAUUAUCCCGAAGUGGUCAUCCUACGAGUUGUUCUGAACCAUCCAGAACACAACUAAAUGAGAAAGCUUCUCGGAGGAAUUGAGAGCUCUUUAUAAGUUCGCCGUGCCAUUGUGUUCCUACAAAAUAGACCAGAAAUCUCACUUGGGCAGAUAUCUGGGAAUUUUAAGGAGUGCUAAAUUCCGGGCCUUCUCUGUCUGGCUGAAUUUUUCCUUUUGCACAUUUCGACUUGACCUCAGCCGACAAUCAUUGUUGCGGCCGCAAAGAGUCCCCGAAUUUAAGUGGCAUUGCAUCGUGCAAUUCAAAAAUCAUUCAGACUAGUGUGACAUACGGUCCCUCGCCAGGAUGGCCGGCCAAAAGCUUUUAUCUACGCAACAGGUCUCGGAGCACAAGACGCCAGAAGACUGUUGGAUAGUGGUCGACAACCAAGUGUGGGAUGUCACUGAUUUCCUCGACGAGCAUCCAGGCGGAUCAUCCAUCAUCUUGAAAUAUGCAGGGCACGACGCGACAAAAGCCUACUCAGAAGUCCACGCUCCCAGCGUCCUCAAAACCAACCUCCAGGCCGACAAGUUCAAAGGUGUGCUAGACGAGUCCUCCAUCGACGACGCAUGGCUCAAGCCACCACCAGGAGAGAACCCCAAAGUCCUCUUGGACAAUGAAAAGCCACCUUUAGAAACCCUAAUCAACGCACAUGACUUUGAGGUGGUCGCAUCUAAGACGGCAAGCAAGAAAACGUGGGCAUUCUAUUCCAGUGCGGCGACAGACUUGAUUACCCGUGAUGCGAACAAGUCCUGCUUUGACCGGAUAUGGUUUCGACCGCGAGUAUUGAGAAAUGUGCGGUCCGUCGAUACGAGGACGAAGAUUCUCGGCGGAGACUUCAAACUGCCACUGUUUGUGAGUCCAGCGGCGAUGGCUAAAUUGAUUCAUCCGGAGGGAGAAUGUGCAAUUGCACGGGCAUGCGAGAGUAAAGGAAUUAUGCAGGGUAUCUCCAAUAACUCCUCCUACACCAUGGACGAACUACGCACAGCAGCCCCAUCAGCCAGCUUCUUCUUCCAACUAUACGUCAACCGUGAUCGCGCAAAAUCCGCGGCCCUACUCCGCCAAUGUUCCGAGAACCCCAACAUCAAAGCCAUCUUCGUGACCGUAGACGCCGCCUGGCCCGGCAAACGCGAAGCCGACGAACGGGUCAAAGCCGACGAGAGCUUAUCAGUACCCAUGUCGCCCUCCAAGGCCCAGAAUGAUAAGAAAGGUGGCGGUCUCGGCCGUGUUAUGGCCGGGUUCAUCGAUCCAGGCCUGACGUGGGAAGAUCUGCGAUGGGUCAGAGAGCACACGCAUAAGCCGGUGUGUCUGAAGGGAGUCAUGUCCGCGGAUGACGCGCUGCUCGCUCUGAAGGCCGGCAUGGAUGGCAUCCUACUGAGUAACCACGGGGGCCGGAACUUGGAUACCAGUCCGCCGUCGAUCAUCACGUUGCUGGAGAUUCAGAAGCGAUGCCCAGAGGUCUUGAAGAAGAUAGAAGUAUACGUGGAUAGCGGGAUCCGGCGCGGGACGGAUAUUCUCAAGGCCAUUUGUCUAGGUGCGACAGCCGUGGGUAUGGGUCGGAGUAUGCUGUUUGCGACAAAUUACGGACAGGAAGGUGUGGAGCAUCUAGUUGACAUCAUGCAAGAUGAGUUGGAGACGGCCAUGCGGAACGUCGGGAUCACCUCGUUGGACGAGGCCAGUCCCGACUUGGUGCACACGGGUGAUGUCGACCACUUGGUCCCGGCAUCCCGAGCACACCCCUACGCCCGGGCCAUUGCCAAAGGCCGAGGACGGAGUUCCAAAAUUUAAGAUUGUGAUACUCACCGGUGAUGCAUUAUAGUUCAAGGGGCGAGGAGGGGUUUGUGUGAUAGGUUCAGGGUUAUAUGGUUCGAUGCUACAUAUGAGGUACAUACCUAGAUCUACUACUUACUUAACACACAAGUAUAUAGGAAGGCAAUGAAACCGGACCGUACUGAUUAGGUGUAUUUGAGUAUACUUAGUAUGCGUACCCUCGAUCGUAUGAUUUUCAUCGAGAAUCCAUCCACAGGAGCAUCAUGACCCACUUCCCAUCGAAUCCCCCGGUCGCAUAUCGUUGUGUUUCUCCAAUUGUGCCAAGGAUGUACCGUACCACAACAGGGGAAAAGCAUUCCACCUCGCGCGCCCGGAAUCCCACCCACAGGUUGUGACACUUACCCAGGCUGGCCCUUACAGAUGUGCACCCCUGGAUAUAACGACGAUAUUUGGAGCUUAUAAUGUAGUAUUUUCGGUUAGAAUGAGGCUGCGCCACGGCCUAUGAGGGGUCCUGUGACCUGCGAUUUGAGCUGGCGAGAGAGGAGGUGAUGGGGGGGUAAGAGGGGUGAUCCGGGGCUUCCGCCAGCGGUGUGGACUUGGAGAUGCUCGUGGAGGAGAACAGAUUGGAAUGGUAGGUUUAAUUAGGGCGUGGAAACUUGGCGGGUACGCAGGGAGCACUUGUUGAUUGUUGUAGAUGUAUGUACUGUACCUUCGGGCGAUCUUGUUAGUAUAUAGAAUCUCACCGGGCUAGCGUGUUGGGAAGAUUCCCGCAAUGAGCAUUUUUCCCAGGUAUGUACAUGGACUGGUCAUAUUUUGAUUUGAUAAGAAGUGACGGGCUGAAUGUAUGUAUCUCAUUAUACGCAUAGCGUCGACCGCUCCAAGCCCUUCUCAUUGAUUGUUGAUAAUUCUAGGGUAAGACUUUGGAUUCACCGCCAGAAGGUCAUGGGACUUCUGUGUACUUCGGACUAGUCCCCGUACCUCGUCCUGCGUUUAUCCAAACCGUUGAGUAGAUCCUAGCUUAUUUUAGCCCAGAUCUAAUUUGUCCGUGUGAGGAUCUCCUCGAAUCAGAUUGUGCAGAUCGAGAAUACGACGUCAAUUCUGUCCAUGACGAAUGGUCAAUGGUCAAUGACUCUGCUGACGCGGACGACCUGCAGACUGGAACGAUGAGGACCAGCGGGGAAGGCGGACCAGAG